UCGUCUGUCGGUGAACUCACUGGCGCGGCAAACCUUCGGAUUCUUAUUGAGGGAUUCGUGACUUCGUCAACCCCCAUGACAUUCUGUUUCUAUGAGCUGCCAUUGCACCAGGAUACACAGGAACGUCUCCGGGGAGAGAUCGACAUAGUGCUGAAGAAACAUGAAGGCAAGAUUACGUAUGAGGCCAUCCAGGAGAUGGAGUAUUUGGAUAAAGUUGUCGCAGGUUCCAGAACAAAACGAACCAAGUGUUACUCAAUUCCUGACACGGACAUUGUCCUGGAGAAGGGAAUCCGAAAAUUUAUACGCAUCUUAGCCCUUCAUCACGACCCAAAGUAUUAUCCUGACCCUGAGAGAAUCGAUCCGGAGCGAUUCAGUGAAGAGGAAAAGGCAAAGAGGCACCACUACGUGUAUCUGCCCUUAGGAGAGGGUCCAAGGAAUGUACAGGUACUUUCAGUCUAACCAAAUAUUGUGUUUAAUGCAUAUCACAUUUUUCAUGUAACAAAGGGAUUUUAAGCUUGAAACCCUUGCCUACUGUGGUGUUUAACAACUUAUAGGUUUUAGGAAAUAUAUUUAGUGCCAAUAAAUCUCGGACACCAUGGUCAGGACCAGAGGGCUAAGGGUAGGUAUGAGUCAUGCACACAAAAUUUUAAUCAGAAAACAUAAAUAGGAAGUGUUCACCUAAGAUUUUUACCAAUAGAGAGGACAGACACAUUAGAUACUGGAGAAAUAAUAUCUGAUGUUGUGGACUGGAAUAGCUGCCUUAGAAUGAAACCCAGUGUACGUGGCAGAUAACCUUCGGGGUUCUGCGAAAUGUUAGAACGUUCUUAUGCCGUUUAUCAACUGCUGAAUUUUCAAGAAUGAUCCAUAUUUGUGAAGGCAGUUAAUUAGGACUUUCCAGCAUUACAUAAUGUUCACAAUUUUUGCAAAAAUUAUCAUGAAGGGAAAGGAAAUUCAUUUUACCUUCUUACUAAACAUUAUUCUCUUAACGCUGUCGCUCGAUUAAAACAUGAUUCUCUCUAUUCUUUUCCACUUUGAAGCCAGCUCAGUCAGUCGCUAGAAGUGUCUUCUUGGGGGAUCAGUGCAUCGAGAGCAGCUUGCCUUCAUGGCAACACAAAGAAAUACAAAAGGAAAUGGGAAACCCGUUCAUGUUGCCUACAGCGAUCCCAGUAGAAAAACAGCGCAGAAUAAUGCGCGACAUUCCUUGCCUCUAA